AUGUACUCCAGCUACAUAUCGGCAUCAGUCCCUGUCACCCUUCCGCCCAUGAAUCACUUCAACGACGCCGUCAAGCGAGAAUCGUACCCAAGCGAUGACGGCUAUUCAUACAUAAACUACGGCUACAUCCCGGGCAUAGAGAUGACACCCGCCCACUCCUACGACCAGGCCGAUCCCCAUACGCCACCUCUCUCACACUCGUUUGACCACUCGGCGAACUGUUCCGAAUCUGGCUACGAGUAUCCCACAACUCCACUGUCCAUGCCCGGCUCACCUGGUAUGGUUCACCAGCAGUGA